AUGCUCCUCUCGACGUGGGAAGCGGCCGCUUCUCCUUCGUCUCUCGCUCUUCUGUCUUCGACGAGCCGCCCCUCGGCCGCAUCCGGCGACUCCACUCUCUCCCUCCGGAGGUGUCAACGCCGCGCCGGCGUUGCGGUGGCUUCGGCCUCCUCUUCGGCUGUCGAGAGAGAACCCCAGGGAAACGGCAGAUGGAAUCCUCUCCCCAGCAUUUCGUCAUUCGCGGGUAGCGGCGGAAGUAGGUCGGUGGGACUUCGGUUCUCUUCUCCUCAAUUAAAGUUCCCCGUUGUAUCGUUCCACGGCACAUUUUUGCUUUUUUUUUGGUUUCUUUUUCAAUUCUGUAGGAACUUAGUUACGCAUUCCUUCCCCGAAUCGCUUUAGGUCAUGUUUUGAUGAAAACUUUGUCGAAAAUUUCAGCGGAAUAUUUCAGUCGUGUCCCAUUCUUUCUCUCAUUGCAAUUCUGGAUGAAAAUCUUGUGGGAUUAAGUGCCAUCAUUUCUGGGAAACGUGGUCAUUGUUUUAAAGGAGAGGACUGAAGGCCGCCUUUACUAAUAUGGUUUUUAUGGUAACACGUAAUAUCUCCGCUUUACACGGAUUCUGCGGUUACAGCUCAAGGGGAAUCCUUUGAUUCUAGUCUUAUUGACGUUUCAAGUUUCACAUUUGCGUAGAAGUUUUGUUUAAACUGUGGAAUCUAUAUGUUUUGCUGUUCGUCUAUUCUGUUCUUAAUUUUUUUACCUUGGUCAAUUAUUCUGUUACAAAAAUACUUCUGUAUUAAAUUUUUUUCUGAUCCAUUAAUGAAGCCUGUUUUUUGUGGUCCCAGUUUCAACCAAUCCUUAGCAUAAAUUAUGUCAUCCCUCUGUUUUAUAGCGCGUUACAGACAUCAUUUGGUUUCAUUUAUUUUUUUGAGAAAAUCUCACAUUUUUCGUUAUUCCUAAUCUUGAAUCUAAGGUUUGAACGUUAGUUCUUUGUGAUCUUGAAUCUCACAUUUAUUCCGUCUGUUGGUUCCUUGCAGAGUUACUCAACAGGUUGAUGCUUCUAACUUUGAUCCUUUGGGUAUCAACACUUCGGAUACAUCACUGGACCUUAAAAAUGCUUGGGAAAGUGUCAAGCAUCUUUUUGCUCAGACAUUUGAAAGCUCAUCAAGUACAAAAAGGGAGAAAGUUCCAUCAAGAGGAGUUGCUGGUGCGCACAUCACUUUGUUUUGUAUAUUUUCUCUGUGUUCAAUCACUUGUUCUAAAUGCGAUUCAUAUGUUUGGUCUGUAUUAUUAGCCCAGCACGUACUAUUUUAGAUGAAUGCAGACUGGCAUACGAUGAAAAAACACGAUGGGUUACAAGUGGGGAAAAGAGGCAGAUGUCAUUUUACGCUAAAUAUAUUUUGAGGUUGUGCCAUUAUUUUCUUGUGGGCGAGGGGCAGAGGAAGCUACAGCCCUAUUGAUUACAUUUAGAAAUGGCUAGAUUGUUAUUAUAUUAGAUGUCAAUGUAUUGUACUUGGAGGAUAAACAGACGCUUAGGUUCAAGAUUGGUACAUUUAAAGACUCCAGAAUUUUGUGUCAUUAUCCAUCCGAUGGACUUCAGAGAACAUUGGUGCCAUCUUCCUGUUGUAAGUGUACCCAUACAAGAGGAAACAUUUACCGAACAGGGUAGAAGUGAAGUCAUUACCCCUGCUCUCUUUCACUUCAGUGGAUGCCUUAUAUCCCCUACGUAGUUGCUAUGUUAUUCUCCUCUUCAAUCGCACAACAUUUAUCUUGCCAACUUCUCUUCCUCUAUUCACAAAAACAUAAUAUUGAUGGGAGAAGAGAGAAACUUUUUUUUUAAUUAAAUCCAUUGAAUUGAUUUCAUAACUCUAAAAGUUUUGUUUUUUUUAAAAGCACUGUUAUGUCAUUAAGAUGAAGCCAUUGUAACAAGUGAGGAACUAGGAACUCUAUGAAUAUAUGUCAAGGAUCAGUGAAAAUGAAACGAGGGCACUGUUAUCUUGUUCUUAGAAAAUAGGCUAACCCCAUUCAGAUCAGUCAAUCUGAAUGUCAAUGAUGAGAAAAAUGCAAGCAAAGGUUUUAUAAAUGUUACAUAUUCUGGUAUUACUUAAAUAUGCAUAGAUAGUCCUGUUAAAUCUUAUUUUCAAUGGAUUUUUUAUGGGGAUGUCCAUGUCGCUCUGGCAUUCUGCUUUCGCUCCACCUUUAAACGAUACAUGUAUUGAAUGUAUUUUCGGCCACACCUUCCAUUUGUGACUCCAGUUGGAAAUUCUAAUCGAUGUGCAAGGCUGCUUUGUUUUGUAUUUGCCAGCAUUACUGAUGCUUAUGGAUAAAUUCUUCAAUUUCAAAUGGGAACAAUAUAAAUUAUGAUUCUGCACCUUACAUGUUGACAUGGUCAUGUGGUUUGCCUGUUUUGCAUUUCUACGUUUGGAAACCAAAACUACCAAUAGACUUCCAGACCCUUAUCUCUAUUAAGUUUCUCCCUGACUAGAUAUUGAGUCGUAAAUGACUAUUCCCGAAUUCAUUAUUGGAAGAAAUAUCAGUUUUAAAAUGUAAAACAAAUAUUAAUUCCUUUCUAGCCAUUACUUCGUAUGCUUAAUAAAGGUUGCUUGUUGAUUAGUUAGGGUGUAGGACUUUUGUAACAACUUGGGAGCCCUUCAGUCCUGAGUUGAGCAACUGGACGUGUUCUUUCUCUUAACGAUAUUUGGUUAUCCUCUCAGCUGCUAUUGAGGAUAGCUCCAUUGAUGUUGGUGACUUCUUCAAGGGGCCACUACCAGGGAAGUUCCUGAAGCUUAUAGGAUAUCUUGCGCUAUCACGACUUGGAAUAUAUGUGCCUUUAGGUGGUGUCAACCGGGAGGCAUUUGUGGGAAAUUUUGAUCAGAAUAGUUUACUGAGUACUUUGGAUACUUUUUCUGGAGGAGGCAUUGGUCGGUUGGGAAUUUGCUCCCUGGGCAUUGUACCAUUUAUCAACGCACAGAUUGUCUUUCAGCUUCUAACCCAGAUUUAUCCCAAGUUGCAAGAACUUCAGAAAAAGGAGGGGGAAGCAGGCAGGAAGAAGGUCCUUCAGUACACACGCUAUGCGUCAGUUGGUUUUGCAAUCGUACAGGUUGAACACCUUUUUUAAAUUGAAUGAUAAUUAAAUAAAUUGAAUCCUGAAAUUCUUUACAUUGUUUCUGUAAUGCAACAUCUUUAUGUGCGUGUAGAUUAUUUGGAUAAACCUUACAGAUAUUUCACUCCUUUUUCUGCUUUCGUAAGGCAACAUGUUAACCAAGGAGAACUGAUCAUAUUCAUGGCUUUUAUUUGUAACAUAUCUUCUGAGGUUUUUUUGGAAAUAUUUGCACCAAAGUUGGAACAUAUCUUCUGGGAGAAACAUGCCAAGGUCAUGAAACUAUUUUUUUUUUUUUUUUGUUGUUACACCUGACAACAUCAACGAAGUGGAUGAUGGGGAUUUCCUUGAUUAGUCUCCAUCCACAAAAAAGAAGGCAGUGAUGCGCUUUUUGUUUUUCAUCAUUCUUGUUUGUCGUUAGCUAAUGCUGUUAUUGUUUCUAACGGCCAUGAUUGCUGCUUAUUGUCACGAAGGAUUCCUAUGUCUGAUUGUGGCACGAUAUAGAAUAAAUGAAAACUCUACCUUGAAAAGGAAGACAUAAAAUGAUACUGAGCCACAAUUUAGACAAACCCUUUGUGUUUCAUUUUUUACUUAAAAGAUCAUGAAACAGCCGUGACCUUUUUAGUGCCAUUUUCUUGGUAAGGUCCAACUGCUUUUGUUGAAUACAAGUUUUACAUUAUUUUGAAACAUCUAGCCCUCUUUCACGCAUUGCGUCACUUCCCUAUCUUGAAACUGUUGAUUUUCCGACUCUCCCUAAGCAUCUUCCUCCUGUUGAACACUUGAGCAAUGUUUCACUGUCAGCUGUGGGGAUGGCCAAUUUAUGGAAGAAAUGUUGGCUUGAAGGAGCACUCCAAUAUAUAUAUAUAUAUAUAAAGAUGAUUUUUUUGAGUUUCAUACAUGAGAAAAUUUCAAUUUUUUCUGUUUUGACUUUUAUUGGUUGUAAGUGCAUGGUUAGAUGGUCUAAAUGAUGAACCAACUAGUGAAAAAAUGCUUUCGUCAGAAGAGGAGUUUCCAAUGUCAAUAACAUUUAGAGUAUGUGUUUUAAAAAGUAUCUUGAAAAUGUCAAUGAUAAUGACGAGAUUUGUUUGACAUAUCAGAAUACCUCUUCAUUAAUGCAUCUGUAUCUUCAUUUAAGUGAUUAUCUGGUCUGGAUAUUUACUCCAUUUUGCAAAGAAGGCAUGGCAAUAUCUUCCAACAGAGGAACUCACUUUUUUACUUCCAGUAUAUUUUCUUAUAUGGAAUUAUUCCGUCUUGUAAAUACUGUUUUCUAACUUUUUGCAGAAGCAUGAAAAGACUAGACUUUCUUGCUUGAAAUAUUGACAAAUUGUGGUCAAUACUGAUUGCAGGCUAUCGGGCAAGUUCUUUUCUUACGUCCCUAUGUUAACGAUUUUAGCACAGAGUGGGUGUUAUCAUCGGUAACGUUAUUGACUCUUGGAUCCGUGUUCACGACCUAUAUUGGCGAAAGGAUAUCUGACCUCAAACUUGGAAAUGGAACAUCUCUCUUGAUCUUUACUAGUAUUAUCUCCUACUUGCCCGCAUCAUUUGGGAGGACAGUUGCUCAAGCAUUUAAUGAUGGAAAUUAUGUCGGUCUUGUUACCAUUAUUUUUUCAUUUGUUCUUUUAGUCCUUGGUAUCGUAUAUGUGCAGGUAAACUUUAUCUCUUCAUUUUCAUAGCUUCUUUAAGACUGUCGUUUGCAUAUUAUGUUAAUAAGUAUGCAACCUGGGAUCUCAGGAGGCCGAGAGGAAAAUUCCCCUUAACUAUGCAUCGAGGUACAGCAGUAGAAGUGGAGGGCUUGAAAAGUCUGCCUAUUUGCCUUUCAAGGUCUGUUUGAUUUUAUUUUUGCUUUUCUUUUGUUUCUCUUCUCUCACUGCUGGACAACUAAUAAAUAGAUAAAGACAAGUUACUAUGUAUGUCGAAAGCCUUAUCACAUAAUUGUUGGCUUUGAAAACUUUUCGAAAUGUAUCAUUAAUAAAAAAAUUAAUCUUCUGGUGUGCAUUGUUUUACAUUGAAGCAUCUAAACCUACAUAUAUGGAAUUUGGUGCCUAUGAUUUAUAUAGAGUAGAUGAAAAUCUAGGAAAUAUUGAAAAGUCUGAAUAUUUACAGAAAAUCUUGCUAGUUCAGUCAGCUGAAUUUUUUGAAUAAGCUUACAUCAGGUUCUCUGAAAAGAGUUUCAUUCUUUAUGUUUUAUGUGGUGGUGUUCCCUAGUCUUGUAUUUCACUCUAUCUGAACCUUGAUCUUAGUUGCUAGAAUUAUGUUGAUGAAAGCUGAAUGAUUAAGACAAAAAUUAUCAAUCUCCUCGUAUCACAAUUUUUCUUCUCUUGUUAUGUAGGUAAAUAGCUCUGGUGUGAUGCCUAUUAUAUUCUCCACAUCAUCAUUAGCUCUGCCCGGUACUUUAGCGCGCUUUACUGGCAUAGCUGCUCUCAAGAAUGCUGCGGUUGCUUUGAAUCCCGGAGGUUAGUUAUCUACUGAGCCUUCCAUGAGUGAUAAGAUAUCAAGCUCUGCCAACCACAUGCUGGCAUAUGUUUUGGUUUUUCCUUUGCUCAUCUGUUUUUUUCUUUGUUCUCUUUUCCAAAUGGCCUUUGAGUAUUUUUAGAUCAUCUUUUCUAUGCUGCUUAAAGGGAAAGAGCUACUGAAUUUGCAAAAUAUGCUUUGCUUCUAUAGCUAACUAUCACAUUAUUAUUAAGGUUAUACCGCCUAAAUUUAUCUUACCUGGGGGUUUCCCCCCUCUGCGAAUUCAGGCAAGCUGUCAUGAUUCCUUCCAUAAUUUCUUCAAUUAUGACUAUGAGUGGAGAAACUAUGCCAUGGUCUGAAGAUGGUGGGUUUAUUUACAUGAUAUUUUAUGCUGUUGACACUAUCAUAUUCUUCCCUUACAUGAUAUAACCAAAAAUUAUCAAUUUUGGAACUUAGCCUCAUGCCACGGUUUUUCUUCACACAACCGAUAUUUUGUUUUUUAAGUCUCAGACAACCUUCCCUUAAAGGUACUGGAGAUACUGACUUAAUCAUAUCCAUCUGGGGAGCUGCAUAAGUCACACUAAACCAUAGAAAGCAAAUAAAAUUUCUGUAUCUAUCAACUCAUACCAUGCUUCAGCUGUAUUAUGCUCCCAAUUUGUCUAUUCAUUAAUAUGAAUCGCAGAAAUAACAGGGAAGACCACAUGAGGAAUAGAAGCUAGUUAUCUUGAACAUGAUUUAUGAUUUAUUUUUCAUUUAAAUAUUCCCAAAUGAAAGGUAGACUGAAAAUGAGCAUCUUAUCUGAUCAAAUUUAGCCUUUGUCAAUGGAGAAGAUGCCAACAUCAUGACUAUCGAGCUUUGAAAGAAAAUAUGUCAUGAACAGAUAAUUUAAAGCAAAUUCAAUAAAACAACAACUGGUACCACAUAGAGGCGGCCAUAAACUCGAGAGUCUUACCAGUGCAUACAUCUCAUUGUCAUAAAUUCUGAACCGUGGAAACUCAACAGCAGUGAAUGAGAUCUCUUUGAACAAAAACUAAGUAAAUCAUGUGUGCAAUUAUUCACAAUCUUUUAUGGAAAACUGGAUCUUUAUUAUCAUUGGUUUCCUAAAAAGGAAUAAUGUAUAUCCUACCGGCUUCUUCUUCUGGUAUCUGAAAUUCUUUGGCAGUCAUACAGAACUAUUCAUCCAAUUUUUUCCUGUAGGGUCCUAAUCUGGUAAAUUUUUCUUGUAGGCCCUUUGUACAUCCCCACCAAUAUAUUGCUCAUCGCCUUUUUCAACUACUACUACACCUUCUUGCAAUUGGACCCUGAUGAUGUCAGUGAGCAGCUGAAGCGGACAGGUGCUUCUAUCCCUCUCGUCCGACCUGGGAAAAGCACGGCAGCUUUUCUCAAGACGGUAUGGGCCCCCACCACUGCCAUACCUUGAUCAUUAAUUGCCAAUAUGUCCUCUUAUUUUCAUUGUUUCUAUGUGAAGCUCAUAUUUUGUCAUAUCUUUUUAGCCCAAAGAUCUUCUGGGUCAUACAUAUACUCUACAUCUCAGAUUAUUAUCUACCUGCCUAUACAGGUUCUAAGCAGGAUAUCAGUCCUGGGAUCUGCAUUUCUAGCGAUAUUAGCUGCUGGCCCAGCUGUGGUUGAGCAGAUCACCCACUUGGCUGCGUUCCGAGGUUUCGCCGGCACUUCGGUCCUCAUCCUCGUCGGCUGUGCGACUGACACAGCGAGGAAAGUUCAGGCGGAGAUAAUAUCACAGAAAUACAAGAACAUAGAGUUUUACGAUCUGGAUAAAUAUGGGCAAUGA